AAGGGGCUAUGGAAGAGUUUGUGAAAGGAAGAGACGCUUCUCGAUCUUGGACUGGUCCAUCUCCACUCAUCUAAUAUGUACUAACAAUGCGCGGACUCUCAUCUCUCUGAUUGCGAGGAAUGGGACGACAGAGGCGGGGUUUGGAAUUGCAGGAGGUUCCUGGUGGAGUGCCUAGAGGUACGGAGCUUACCGAUAGACCCACAAGUACGAAGUAUCCGUACCUAGUGUACGGAGUAUGUACAUACGUUCGUACUUCGUAUGAAUACCACCUUACCUCUAUGUUCAUAAUAUCUGUGUUACGAGAUCUCUGCAUUUGGCCGCAGGCCAGUCGUUUGGUAUCUUCGAUCGCCGAGGCUAACUUGAUGGAGCGGCACACGCUAACUGCAUGGCCCGUGCUCUUUUCCGAUCCAGAUCAAGUGCUGGUGGUUCGGGAAGGCGAGCCUCAGUCGGGGAAAACUGACGUGGCUUGCUUCCAAUCCAACCCUCUCCCAUUCUGUGACAGCCGGUUUUCUCCCACCAUACCCAACCAAGACAUCUUCUGCAAUUGGCCAUGCCUGAGAUGGAAGCAUGCCGCCCAUGUAGUCAUCAAACCAUCAAAAGAGGAAACCCAAGAAGCAGAGGGAAAGAAGUAAAAUAAAGGCACUGAUUAAAAGGACACAUCUCGAAGAAAUCUAUCCUCUUCUGGUUUGACAUGGUCAGCUUGGCAAUUGGUGUAAAUCUGAGCUUGACAUCGUCCACAGUGCGGAAUUGUCCCCUGACCGUUUUCCCUCCCAAUCGUUCCUCAAAAUUUGAGAACGUAACCUAGGUAGUAAUACACACUUAAUUGACGGAUUAAUACAGCUCGAAUAUACAUUUGGCGAAUAUGUAUGUAGUA